AUGCAUAUCACUACUUGUGCUGCGGCACUGUCUCUCCUGGCCGCAUCGGCCUAUGCAGCUCCCUUGGAAGCUGGCAAUGUCCGGCACUCAGCCCGACGUGCUGUGCACAAACGUGGUGCUGAUGCUAAGGCUAUCACAUGGAAGCCGACUGCUUUGGUUGAGUCUCGCGCCACUACUGGCGGCUCAGCUUACACCAUGAGCUUGAAGAAGCAAACGACAACUCGUGCGAAUCCUCGCAGUGCGGCCUAUCUGAAAGGUCUGACUGGAAAGAGCACGAGCACAACCUCUGGAAGCACUGGAUUGAUUUCCCUGUUUGAGGGAGAAGAGUAUGCCACUUCCAUCACGUUUGGCACCCAAACUUUUGACGUGAUUGUCGACACGGGAUCCAGUGAUACCUGGGUGGUCAAGGAGGACUUUGAGUGUAUAGACCUUGACACUGGUGAUAAGACUUCCGAGUCGGACUGCGAGUUUGGUACCACCUACACCACCGACAGUACGCUUAAGAAGAUCUCGGGUGAGGAAUUCGAGAUCGAAUAUGGUGAUGGUGAGUAUCUGUAUGGAUACAUGGGUACCGAGACUGUCACUCUGGCCUCCAUCACUGUGGACCAGGAGGUUGCCAUUGUCACUGAGGCUGCUUGGGAAGGUGAUGGUACCACCUCUGGUCUGACUGGCUUGGCCUACCCAGCUCUGACGAGCGCCUACAAUGAGAAGACCGAUGACCAGGAGGUAUACAACCCAAUCUUCACCACCAUGGUCAACGACGGUUUGAUCGAUUCCUACUUCAGUCUCGCCAUCUCGCGCAAUGUUUCCGGCGAUGCUGGUUAUCUCACCCUUGGUGGUCUUCCCCCAAUUACGUUCAACGAGACUUUCACUACCACCGACAUCCUGAUCACUUCGAUUGAGGGAUACACAAAGACUUACGAUUUCUACACCAUCGAAAUCGAUGCUGUGACCUUGAACGGCAAGAGUCUUACCGCUGCUGGAGGUUCUGUCCAGUACAUUGUUGAUUCUGGCACUACCCUCAACUACUACCCAACUGCAAUCGCCGAUGAGGUCAACGCCGCAUUCGACCCACCCGCGGUUUACAGUGAUGAUGAGGGUGCCUACGUUGUUGACUGUGAUGCUACUCCUCCUACACAUGGUAUUACUAUUGGUGGUACCACAUUUACCAUCAACCCCCUCGACUUGAUCCUGUAUGCUGGCACCGAUGACGAUGGAAACGAUGUUUGUAUUUCCGGAAUUGAUGAUGGUGGUGAUGAUGACUCUGAGGAUCUCUUUAUUUUGGGAGAUACCUUCCAGAAGAAUGUUGUCACCGUGUUUGAUGUCGGUGCUGUUGAGAUGAAGUUCGCGCCCCAUGUGGACUAUGAAUCUAAUGAUACCUACUAG